UAAAGCAGGGAACGGCGGAGUGUCGGAGCUUUCCCGAUAAGCCCGGUGACCCAAAAAAUUAAAAAGAAAAAAAAAAGAAAAAAAAGGAAAAGAAAAAAUAUCUUCACUUAUUCACUCUCCUUCUUCCCUUCUCCAGUUCUUCACUUAUUUCUCAACUCACUUUCUUUUUCUCUCUCAAUUUUCCCGCCGUUCCGCUUCAACUAUCUUCUUCCCGAACUGUUGAAUCGAUCGUUUUCGUUCAGAAGGAUUUGAAGUGAAGGCAUCGUAUAUUCUCUAUUCUCUAAGAAAUUUCGCAGUCUUUGUAUCUGUUUGGUCGCAGUUCGAGGAGGAGAAAAUUUUACAUGCCAGUGCUUGAGAUUGAGCUAUUAGCAGGAUUUUCUGUAUCUUGUAGUCGAGGACCAGAGGUGAAGCUUUAAAUACUGCGCAAAGGAGGUCUCGUUAGCUCAGAUCCGUGAGUUAUUUCUCUAUUUCCCUACUUUUUCCUUUCAAUAAUGUUUUUUCAAUGAAAAAACGAAAAAAGAAGAUGAGAUUCAGCCAUUUUAGACAGUGAGAAAAGGCUCGAAGGUUUUAAGAUGAGGUUUGCAGGCUUGAAGAGGCGAGGCUGAAAGGUCUGAGAUAACCAGCGGUCUUUGCCUUUGGAGAGCACACAAUUUCUGAAAGUUUUGAAAGUUUUGAAGGAAAGAGCUGCCUGCUCUGCUGACUAAAGAUUGUGAUAUAUCAAAGGGUAAAAGAAAACUUUUAUUACUGCACAAACAGCACAAAUUAAAGUAGUACGCUCUGAAUUAUCGUCAUCAAUAUGUACAGAAUACAACCCCCGCACCUGCUGUACUUCAACAUCUGCGCUUCUUAUUUCUCUCUCUAGAUAACCUACACCCUUCUUUCUCUCUCACCGUAGAGGGGAAGAAAAUUAGGGAUAGAAAGCAUCUGCCAAAGGUCAAACGGGGUCUGCAUUUACGGAUCUUUAUUUUGCGUAAUUAAGGAAUGAAAGUGUUAUGGAGGUGGUGGAUAAUAUUCAAGAACAACCGCGUAAGUUUCCAAGGUUAGCAAAUGGCAGAAGUAGCGACUCCAAUGAGAUAGGAUUAAAAGGGGUUGAGCAUAUUCACCCAGGGGAUGAAGAAGACAAAGAAUCAAAAAGGGUUGGUGGUAUUACCGCGGGAGUUGGCGGUGGAGGUGUUGGAGGAGCUGAUGAUGAUACUAAUCGGCUUCGUGGGUGGCACCACUCCCGGAUUAUUAGGGUUUCUCGAGCUUCCGGCGGGAAGGACAGGCAUAGCAAGGUGUGGACUUCAAAGGGAUUAAGAGACCGAAGGGUUCGGUUAUCGGUAGCGACGGCGAUUCAGUUCUACGAUCUUCAAGAUCGGUUGGGUUUUGAGCAACCAAGCAAGGCUGUCGAGUGGCUGAUCAAAGCGGCCGCAGAUGCAAUAAAGGAGCUGCCUUCGUUGAAUGCUUCUUUUACGGAAACUCCAAAACAGCUGAGUGGCGAAAAGAUUAGUGUCACUGAUCAACCCGGUCCGUUGGACUCAGUCGAGCAUAAGCAAAGCCAAUUACAUGUUUCUUUGUCCAAAUCUGCAUGCAGUAGUAACUCUGAAACCAGCAAGGGUUCAGGUUUGUCUCUCUCGCGAUCUGAGGUUCGCGUAAACCGCCUCAAAGCUCGCGAAAGGGCUAAGGAGAGAGCACAAAAGGAAAAGGAAAAAGAACAAGAAUCUUCUCGCAUUGUCGAUCAUAAUCUCACUUCCAUGACCCGAAACUCAUCUUUCACCGAGCUACUUGCUAGCGGUGCUGCAUCUGUUUCAGCUCAUCGGGACACAGGCGUGGCGGCAGAAAGGCAGUGGCAGUCGUCGAACGUUCCUAUGGAUUACUUCAGCUCGGGAAUUCUUGAGCCGUCCACUUCCAGAACUCACCAUUCUUCGGGCUUUUCUGAACAAAUGAAUCUGGGAACUUCGUUGCCACAAACCAUGUCAAGCACUCCAUUAUUUAGUAGCGUUUCAGCUGGCGACAGUAAUGCAGAGCAGCUUCAUCAGUUCUCAUUUGUUCACGAUGGCAAUAUAGUUCCCGUGGCCACAACUCAACCGACUGGUAGCAGCGACUACAACCUCAACUUCACCAUCUCUUCCAACCUUCCGGGUUAUUAUAGGGGGACCCUUCAGUCCAAUUCAUCUCUUUUGCCUCAUCUCCAGAGGUUUUCUCCUGUUGACGGAUCUAAUUUACCUUUCCUCUUCGGAGCGGCAACUUCGGCUGCUCCACAACUGGACAAUCAUAACCAUUAUCAGUUUUCGCCUGCAUUUGACGGCCGUUUGCAACUCUGCUAUGGAGCUGGUAACCGGCAGUCGGAACAGAAAGGAAAAGGAAAGGACUGAACUCUUUGUACAGCAUAUUCCUCUCAGCCUAUCUUCUUCCUGGAAUAUGAAAGAGCAAGAAGGAAGAGUAGAAGCUGAGGCAGGUACUGUUCAAAUCUGUUGGUUCUGUUAUUUGGUUGCUGCACAGGAGAGGUUUGAAUCAAGUAUUUUCUGUCUGGUGAAUUCUUUUCCAGAUUUUGAAUGUAAUUUCCCUUAUUGUUUCACAUUUUGUGUUUAAAUCUUUUGCUGGCCUUGUUUUGAUAGCUGUUGUGUGCAAUCUUUUGAGCACGUGCAGUUUUUCCCUUGAUUUGUGAAGCUGUUUUGUAUUGGUUUCUUAUUGAAUAAAAAUCUCUUAUAAAAAAAAACAUUUCCUUCUUUU